GUACGGACAAAUUCAAAAUUCAGUCGAGAUCCUCACACUCAUCGGACUGAACAACAAAACUGGAUCACUGAACCUGGAAACUAUGUAUUCACCAAACACAAACGUGACGGAACUAGCAAAAGCGGAUGAAAAUAAGUACAGGUUGUUGGCAGUAAACAGCUCGAGCACUACCUACCACCUGCAUUACGUCUCCUAUACGACAUCAGAACCCAUAGACUACAGAGCGUGUCAGCUGUAUGGUCCUCUAAGAUGCUGGAGUGACCCGCCUCCCGCCUCUGAGAUCAUGACCCGAGAGUGGAACGGCUCCAGGGCUAUGUCAUCCGAGGCUAUCUACAGGUGUCCCCCGGGGUACUUCGUGUAUGGUUACCUGAACGUGGAGGAGUGGAAAGUCAAGUGCCGUGGUCAGCUGGGUAAUUGGAUCCCUGAUUGGUUAAGCUGCUACGCUAUCGAUGUGUGUCACAUGGUCGUCCCAGCUGCACCUUCCAACCUCACCAACAUCACCACCUGGGACGACUCUUACCAGCUGAACGGCACCCUCCUAUACACCUGCCCACCCAACAUGACCACCCAGAGCUUAGCAGUGAACCAAAGCUUCACCUGUGUCCGCGAGGCUCUUGUUGGGGGAGGAUACGACUAUCUAUAUACCCCAGCUGUUGUGGAGCCUUGUGAUGUAUGUAUGGGAGAACCGGAAGUAAUCCUCGCUACCAGAGAACAGGUGAACGGAACAUUAUACCUGAUCACCGACACAAUCACGGUCACCUGUAAUGAGAGCCACGAGGUCACCUUCGGGUUAAAUAGUCAACUAGUCACCUGUACAGAGACUGGCUGGGAGGAAGCUACACCAUGUUAUUUAGCGUGUGUGGAGGCGCCAGCAAUCGCCGGAGCCAACAGUACAAGGAGUAACCACACAAGUAACACACUAGGAACUCAGCUGCUGUACGAGUGUGAUGCUGGCUUCUACAUGCUGCCUAAUGGCACCACUGAGUUAAUCAACCAGACGACCAUCACCUGUGACGCCCAGGGCUUGUGGUCCCCAGCAGCGCCUCCUCCGUGUGUCUACUACUGUACAGAGGAGCCAACACCAGUAUCAAACGCCACUACAAAUUGGACCAACACAAUCAAAUACGUUUUCGGGGAUACAGUCACUGUCACCUGUCUGCCCAGUCACAUGACGGACCUAUGCAACGUAACGCAGACGCUCACCUGUACAGACACUGGCUGGACAGUUGGCACGCCUUGUUAUAGAGUAUGUGUAGACGACCCACCCUCACUCAGCCUCAACAUGACAGCUGGUAACCAAACAGAGAAGAGGAUAGGAACCGUCCUUCAGUACACCUGCUUCACCGAUCAACUAAUGUUAAUUAAUGAGGAGAACCAUACCGUGGCGUCCACGGUGGAGGUGACGUGUGGGGAGGAUGGUCUCUGGUCUCCUGUUGGGCCCAUCCCUGCCUGUGGUCUCAGUACGACGGAUCUUCCGGACUUGUUACUUAACGCGGAGCUGACAGGUCCUGAUGGUCCCUACACCGUGGGGUCUACCGUUUUCUACUCAUGCGCUGAGGGCUACCAGUCCUCCACCGGCGCCCUGUCCUGCCCCACCGUCUACACCGGCGUUGAGUGGGUGUUGGAGGACUCCGGCUUCACGUGUUUAUACUGUAAGUAUUUGAGGCUCUCCUCCCGUGGGUGAGUCACAGGGACAGAGGUAUAGUACACAAGUCUAGGGAUGGACCUGUGUUGAGGCCAGAGUGUUCCUCUGGUGGACGUGGAUCACUGGGUGUAGGAGACAGUGUCUGGGUGAGCCACUACAGAAAUAUACACACAUGUGUACAGGUGAAGUGGCAAGAUAAGACACUGUCAAUAUCCUGUUGAUCCACAUGCACUGGUUCACAUCCCCGCCUUGAACACGUACGGUACAUUCCUAUAUUUUUGUAACUCU